UCCUUCAGAGCAUGGAGACUCUUUCAGUAAUAACAUCAACUGCUGAGCUGAGAGAAUGAACAUGACAGCCAGCCUAUCAGGGGACACCCUGAUCGCGUGUCACUUCCCCCUGGUGCAGCUCCCCCCCUGGCAGCUUCCUGUGCAGGCGGCUCUGUGCAGCGGCUCCUCCAAGCGGCCUGGUCGACUGUGCUCCAGCUCCGUGGGUCUGACCCGCGCUGCCUCCCUCCCCGAGCAAGGCAACCUCCACAGAGAGCCCUUCCACAACCACCUUAGACAUAUCUCCUCCAGCUACUGGAGCCUCAACGAGGACUGGGGCGAGGGGGACGGGGAGGGGGGCAGUGACAGCAGUGGGAAGUGUGACUCUGGAUCAUCAUCAGAGGAGGCUUCACAGAUGACAAUCUCUCAAAGACAUAAACAACACCCUGUAGUUGGAGGUACUUUACGGCAACACAACUCCUUUCUCCCUAAUGAAGGGGUGGAUGAAGAUGAGGAGGAUGAAGAUAGUGAUGGAGAUAACCUGCACAGAUACCAUGAGGACUCCUCUUUUGUGCUGCAGUUGCAUGGAAACUCUAACUGGGCCCUGAGUAAUGCUGGGAGGCAGACCUCCAAACCUUCUAGCCAAUCAGCCAGUCAGAACCAUGACAACAGGGGUAAAACUGUGUUGAAGGACUGUGGGGAGCAGGAGAGACUGGAGGAUGUUGAAGAUAAUAUGCUAAAAUGUGGUGAUGAGAGCUACUGCUUCAGCUAUGGCCAAACAAAAUGUUUCCCUGAGUCUUUCUCUGAUGGUCUUCUAGAGUACGUCACAGACUCCUCCUGCAACAGCUCAGAUGGGGUUCUCGUCAACUUUAGUGCGAUCUACAACAAGAGUAACAACCCUGCCACCCCAAACGACCUCAGCAUUCCUGCAAUGCAGUCAUCCCAGCCAGCAGAAGGCACUGUCGUCCUAAACCUGCAACCUUUCCCCCAGGAGCCCCAGGGUCCUCAAGCUGCUGGCCCCAGUCAGGAGGGCAGAACAACCUCCUUUCCUCUUGACGGGGUGCCUUCUGUCCCCUGCUGGUCACCACAGGCGCUGGACUCCAACUGUAAUGUCUACCUUCCCGACGCCCACGGCCUCCUGUCCUCUCUGGAGGUCUCUGACCUCACUUCCUGUCUCCAGAGCCAGGCCAGGCUGCUGCCCACAGGGACCACCCAGAAGUACUACAAGCUGGUGACCUGUGACCUGUCAUCCCAAUCAGCCUCGCCCAGCCCAGCCUGGUCCAGCACCACCAGCGUCACCUCAGAGGGCCACUACUUCCUCUUCAGUAAGGCCCGGGGAGAGCAGAGCCAGGAGGAGAAACAGCAGGAAGAAGGCUUAGACAAAGAAGGGAGGAGAGCUACCCCAUUGCACCAUCCUCGCUGUUUGAGCUGGGACUCCCAGCAUGUCACCUCCUUUGCUGAGAUUGCCUACUGUAAGAGACAUACAGACAGCUGCCAGACCUCCAGCCACUCCCACACCUCCCAGGAUCUGUGUCCCAUUCAAGAGGCAGUUUCCCUGGGCCAGAGUAGCAGCCACUCCCCCCUACUCCUGAGUCCCAACCAAGGCAGUAUCACUGUGUCCAACCACCCUUCUGUGUCACCGAACAAUGAGACGGAGGAGGAGGGGGCAUGUUCAUGGGCCACUCCUGUGGUUCGCUACAGUAAGGCUCAGAGGCCCACCUCCCUGCCCAUCCAGCCCUUCGUCCUGCUUCCCCCAGCAGGUAAACCUCAGAGCCAGCCCCUGGGCUCCCUGCUGGACCAGUACAUCAGCCACAAGAACCCCAAGCCCAGCUUCAACUCCCAGCCAGGGUCCAAGUGCAUAGGCAAAGGCAACAGACUCCUGACCCACCUGCAUCCCUCACCGCUAGGCAGCUAUGGAGCCAUCCUCCUGGAAGGCCCCUCCAGCUCUGAUACCUGCUCCACCUGCACCCCCAGUCCAGAACGCUUCCAGUCCAGACUCAACUGGACACAUUCCAGUCCAUACAGGCCCCACACUAACCUUGGUCUCACUUCGACCAGUCCAAAACAAGCACAAACAAAAACCAAACUAACCCAGGCUUAUUCAUGCCAGGACCAGCUCUAUGAAGACCUAGACCAAAUCUACCCCAGCCCAGUUCAGGCCCACAGUAGCCCAAACCAGUCUCAUUGUAAAGAUUCAAUCAAACGGAGCCAAGGCAUGGCUCAGAUCUGCCAAGAUCUCAUUCGCCUGUCCCCAGAGCAGAAGAGCCUCAACCCAGUCCUCCUGACCCACAGCCCUCACUGCCCCAUCUCCCAUGUAGCAACCAUGUCACCCUCUGUCAGUCACAUCCAUCAUCCAGACCUGCUGGUGUCCUUCUCUCCAGACCCACCCUUACUGCCCCACAAGACAAUCCCACUAUCCUCAGUCCCUAUGACUGGGUCUGCAGCCUCUCAUCGUAGCCUGACAGCUGCUUUCUCGUCAGUGGCCCCUCUGUCCUCUCUGAGCGCCCUUCUGCAGCCCCUGGUGUCUGCAGGGCCCAGUGUAAAGCAGCAUCAACAACAGCACUGUGACUCCUUCAGCCUGAGUGACAGUAGGCCACCUGUGGAGUUCUGCCUGUCACCUGAAGCCUCCUACGAGUCUCUGUCCAUCAGCCACCUGCAGAGGAGAGGUCUGCUGAAAUCUGUGAGCUUGGCAGUGGAUUUGAUCAUGGCUCAUUUUGGCACCAGUCGAGAUCCUGGGGAAAAGAUCAGGCUAGGGAACAGCUCGAGGAGUCCCACCAUUGGUGGUAUUGUCCUGGAGCAUCUGUGUCCCACCAUCCAGAACAUUCUGCAGGAUGGCAUUAGGGACCACAAACUUGACCUGAUCAUCGGUCAUCGACGCAACCAUGCCUGGAAUGUGGUGGAGGCCUCCACUCAGACAGGCCCUACCACCCAGGUGCUACACAGCCUGUUGUCCAAGGUGAGGCAGUGCUCCCUGCUGACCAGCCACUGUAUGAGACUACGAGCCUUCAUCAUGGGCCUGCUCAACUUGAGAGCCUUGGAAUUCUGGCUAAAUCACCUCUACAACCAAAAAGACAUGGUGACAGAUCACUACCAUCCAUGGGGUUUCAUCGCCAUGUCGCAGGGGCAGUGUCAGCCUCUGUUCCAGGAACUCCUUCUCCUGCUGCAGCCUCUUUCCAUGUUACCCUUUGACCUAAACCUGCUGCUGGAGCCCCGCCUGCUGCAAAACAGACAGCUCUGCUCCGAGGAACAAGCUCCACCAUGCUCCACCUUUCUCAUGACCAGUUGGCCUCUACUGAGAGGAGACAGACAGGGGGCAUAUGGUUCUAUGGAUGGUCCCAGAGAUAACAGCAGGCCACCAGGUGACCCACACCAGCUGGUACAGCAUCUUCAAGGGUCCACCCAGGGGUCAAAGGUCAUGGGUCAUGAGAAGUGGGUGAGGCAUUUAGGCAAGUCUAGCAGAAGUCUGUGGUCAGUCACCAGUCCAGGGUGGUGGCAGAGACGGCCUGCCCACACAGAGGGGGGGGUGGAAUAUGGACAGAUUUACAUGGAUGUCAUCCACACUGAGCCUCAGCAGGGGAUGGAGGGGCGGAGAGAAGGUGAGAGUUCACAGGAGGGCAGGAGGGAGGGAACUGGGCUGGAGACCCCCAGGAUGCCGGCAGACCCCCAGGAUGAGAGCCUCUCCCAGGGUGGGCUACGCUGGGCCAAGCUGUUUGGAUCAGGAGGGAAUCCCCCCACCAGGACACAGAGGGCACCUCAAAAUCUCAAUGGGACACAGGCCCAGAAAAGGAGACCUUCACAGUGGCUGCAGUUGGACAGGUCUCAGCUGGGCCUAUUGGCUCAUACAGUGUGGUCAGGGAAACUCCCAGCUCCACAGCCUGACCAGAAACACCAGACAUAGACAUUGUGCCCCUAUGACCACACUCACCCAACCCUCUGAUGAGUAGAGAGGGAUAGGGAGGAGAAGAAAAGCCAACCCUCUGAUGAGUAGAGAGGGAUAGGGAGGAGAAGAAAAGCCAACCCUCUGAUGAGUAGAGAGGGAUAGGGAGGAGAAGAAAAGCCAACCCUCUGAUGAGUAGAGAGGGAUAGGGAGGAGAAGAAAAGCCAACCCUCUGAUGAGUAGAGAGGGAUAGGGAGGAGAAGAAAAGCCAACCCUCUGAUGAGUAGAGAGGGAUAGGGAGGAGAAGAAAAGCCAACCCUCUGAAGUAGAGAGGGAUAGGGAGGAGAAGAAAAGCCAACCCUCUGAUGAGUAGAGAGGGAUAGGGAGGAGAAGAAAAGCCAACCCUCUGAUGAGUAGAGAGGGAUAGGGAGGAGAAGAAAAGAUACACCACCAAAAUGUCAACCGCAUGAUCCUGAGUCAGUGUUAUAGUGCACAGUGUUACACACAGACACCUCAGCUAGAACACACUCACACUGGUCAGAAAAGCACAGUAGACCAGUUAAUACAACUAUUGGAGCAUGGGUGAUACUUUUUGCUAUGUUAUUAUUAGGCAAUAACAACCCCCCCCCCCCCCCCCCCAUGUAUUAUUAGAUUUACAAGUGCUUCUUUUCAUCUGUCAUGAAUUGGAAUUUAUGCAAUAUAUUCUCCCUGUGAACCUGUCAAUAAAACUGUGUGGUCAGAGAGGCUCCUCCCAUGUUAGGGUCUUGCCUUGAUCUGAAAGCCUUGCACAACAUCCCAGACUCUGCAGAAGAAACCAAUUAGUGUGUCAUGGAGCUGCAUGCCCACCAUACAGUAGCAUCCUAUUCUCCUAAUACUGUCAAUCUGAUCCUCUACUUUCCAACCCCUACCCCGUGUGACUAUCCUAUGUGCGAAUGGAAUGACAACAAAAAAUGCAGAAAGGCAAUCUUUCCUAGCCAUGUUUACUAGUGCCACAUAUUAUGCCAGCCAGCAGCCUUGUGCAGUGGCUUAUCUUCCAAAAGGGGGUUGCCUUCACAUUCAACUAGACAAACAUGAGGUCUGACUCUAGCAUGGUUUAAAACAAACGUUCAAGGAGUCAUUAGGUGCUAAUUUAGGCCUACUACUGUGUGUGGUUGUACUGUACUACCUACAACAAUAUCUUAUUAUACUGUUUUUUUUAAUGGGUUUUGUAAAUAUUUAUGGAAGAAAAGUCUAGAUUUGUGGAACUGUUAGGUUCCAAAUAGAGUGUGUUGUUUGCACAAUAUAAAGCUAUCGUGUUGUGUUUCAGGUGUACACCAUUUUGAUAGGCCAGUACUACUAAGCUAAAGAGAAAGUCUGGAUUUACGUGACAGGAAUGACUUGGUUAUUAAAGCCUUUGCAAUAAAUGUGAAUGUGAGUUUAUCAUAUUUCCUCCCCAACCUAACUGUCCUUCCCCUAAAACCUUAGAAGAAUGGUUUACGCUGGGGUAGCAGGUAGCCUAGUGGUUAGAGCGUUGGGCCAGUAAUCGAAAGGUUCCUGGUUUGAAUCCCCGAGCUGACAAGGUAAAAAUCUGUCAUUCUGCCC